CUGUGGAUGAUGCAAUGAUGAAUGAAUCGCAGUGUCUAUGAGUAACUAUAUAAGGUGUCGUAGCAAUGUCACUUUCAGGCGAAUACUUAAUUUCCCCUAAGAACGACAUUAUCGACGAACGGACCUAGAGUUUACUACAUAGCCUCUCGAGAAGACGUCAAGACAUAUACUCGAAACCACAGACAAGAAUUUCUUUCAGAGGCGCCCAGCAUUGAGGUUAUCUUCCAGUCCAGAUCUGAGUUGGUAACAUCAAGCACUACGCAGCGGAAGCACAUACAGCAAUGGCCGACACCACUAAGAUCUACGGGUUUACAGCCCUACCUGCUGACCAGUCUAAGGUCAAGCCCGCAGGACAUAAACCUCAGCCAGUGGACAUAUCAUCACUUCACCCACCACGCACAGCAUUGGCAACGCGCGUCGCAGCGUACGCAAAGUCAAAAAUGGACGCAGACACAUACCGCCACAGCCUGCGCGUGUACAGCUACGGCUGCGCGAUUGCGCGGCAGAUGUUUCCCGAAUUCGAGGUCCUACCGGGCUCGCAGCUGGAGGAGACCUGGUUCCUGACGGCCAUGUUGCAUGACAUUGGGACGAGCGCCGAGUUCUUGACGAGUACGCGCUUGAGUUUCGAGUUCUGGGGAGCGUUCCAUGCUUUGCAGCUUCUUCAGGAUCCUGCGGUUACUGGUGGCAGCGACGGCGCUGCGCCGCGGGAACAAGCUGAGAGUGUGACCGAGGCGAUCAUCCGGCAUCAGGACAUUCAGGACAAAGGGAAUAUUACCUUGAUCACGAGGUUGAUUCAUCUGGGGACGUUGUUAGAUAAUAUCGGGGCGGGCGCGGAUUUGGUGCAUCCAGAAACCAUUGAGAAUGUGGUCAGGGAGUAUCCUAGGCCUGGGUGGAGUGGGUGUUUCAGGAAGACGGUUGAGAAGGAGAAAGGGGUCAAGCCUUAUGCUAUGGUUAGUCGGAUUGAAGGGUUUGAGGAAUUGAUUGAGAAGAAUGGUGCUCAGGGUGGACUUAUGGCCAAGUACGAUUGACGUGGUGUGGUCAUCCUGAGGGCUAGGCAGGUGAUGAGUGAUGCAGGGCUGUCAUACCACAUAUUGCAUUCGUCGAAUGGACGUUUACUGAGCUCUCAGCACGACUUUCGUACGACACGGCCAAUUGUCGAUGCGUUCGUAUUGUUGUCAGGCAGGACAUGCUGUUGCUUCUGCUUGUGGCUGCGUGGUUGCAGAUGGCUGCCUCACUUUAGCUUUUUCAUUUUCAGCAAUAAUGACCUUCAGGCGUAUCCAAGUCAGCCAUAGAUGACAUGCUGACUGAUGCGGGAGUUUAUAUCCCAUUACAAGUGACU